GCUGUUUCUGAUUCUUCUUCUUUCUUCUACCAACACAUUUCGCUUUGCAUAACAGUUGGAAUCAAUUGUUUAGUUAAAAUAAAUCAAUUAAAAUGUCUAAGGCAGCGGGAAAGCUGAAGUCGCUUAAAAAAACAGUGGAACGUGUGACGCACACGAGUAAACUGAAGACUAAUAUACCCGCCGGAAUGGCUGCGGCGGGACCUCCGUUGGGGCCAAUGUUGGGACAGAGAGCUAUCAACAUUGCCGCCUUCUGCAAGGACUUUAAUGCCAAGACUGCGGAAAUGAAAGAGGGCGUGCCGUUGCCCUGCAGAAUUUCUGUGAAUAGUGAUCGCAGUUACGAUUUGGUAAUCCAUCAUCCGCCGGCCACUUUCUUCCUGAAGCAGGCAGCGGGAAUUCAAAGAGGAACCAUGACUCCCGGCAAGGAAGUCGCCGGCAAGAUCACCCUUAAGCAUUUGUACGAAAUUGCGGCGAUUAAGAUUCAGGAUCCACCGAAUGCACUACUUACUAUGAAGCAAAUGUGUGAGAUGCUUAUCAGCAUUGCCCGGACAUGUGGCAUCAAGGUGGUAAAGGAAAUUGAUCCUGCGGAAUACGGCGAGUUUUUGGAGGAACGCAAAACCAUUGUUGAACAGCAAAGACGUGAGCUGCAGGAGAAGCGGGAGGCCAAGAUGUUGCGUACGGGCUAGGUUACCUGAUUAGCUCAGUGUGCUUAAUUGUUAAAAAUACAUUUAUUCUUAAAUUGAAA